AGUUCAGAAAGCCCAGCACUUCAACAACUUUCAUUUACUGUCAGACGAGGGGAAUUACUGGCUGUGAUUGGUCCUGUAGGGGCUGGAAAAUCUUCGCUCUUAAGUGCUGUUCUUGGUGAGCUGCCUAAAGACAAAGGUUUGAUAAAUGUUACUGGAAGAAUUGCCUAUGUUUCUCAGCAGCCUUGGGUGUUUUCUGGUACAGUAAGAAGUAAUAUACUGUUUGACAAGGAAUACGAGAAAGAAAAAUAUGAAAAUGUUUUAAAAGUCUGUGCUCUUAAAAAGGACUUGGAAUUAUUAGCAGAUGGUGACCUAACAGUAAUAGGAGAUCGUGGAGCUACGCUGAGUGGGGGACAGAAGGCCCGUGUAAAUCUGGCCAGAGCUGUGUAUCAAGAUGCAGACAUCUAUCUUUUGGAUGAUCCACUGAGUGCAGUAGAUGCUGAAGUUGGAAGACAUUUAUUUGAAAAAUGUAUUUGUCAGGCCUUACAUCAGAAGAUCUCCGUUUUGGUCACUCACCAGUUGCAAUAUCUCCGUGCUGCAAAUCAGAUCCUAAUUUUAAAAGACGGCAAAAUGGUGGGGAAAGGUACCUAUUCAGAGUUCCUGAGAUCUGGCAUCAACUUUGCUUCCCUUUUGGAAAAAAAUGAGGAGGUAGAACAGCCAUCGGUUCCAGGAACCCCCAACCUGAAGUCUUCCAGGAGCCGAACCUUCUCGGAGUCCUCUGUCUGGUCCCAGGAGUCUUCUGUCCACUCACAGAAAGAUGGAGCAGUGGAACAACUACCUGCUGAAAAUGCACUGGCUGCAGUGCCAGAGGAGAGUCGCUCUGAGGGAAAAAUAAACUUUAAGGUUUACAGAAAAUAUUUCACUGCAGGAGCAAACUACUUUGUGAUUUUUAUACUUCUAGUAUUCAAUAUUUUGGCACAGGUGGCAUAUGUGCUCCAGGACUGGUGGCUUUCUUACUGGGCAAAUCAUCAAGAAAAGUUGAAUGUCACAACAAGUGGGAAUAAUGGAGCAAAUGAGAAUGAACAUCUAGACCUUAACUUUUAUUUGGGAAUUUAUGCAGGUUUAACAGUGGCUACAAUACUGUUUGGCAUAAUAAGAAGUCUUCUGGUGUUUCAAGUUCUUGUUAAUUCUGGUCAGACUUUGCACAACAAAAUGUUUCAAUCCAUUUUGAAAGCUCCUGUCUUGUUUUUUGACAGAAAUCCUAUAGGAAGAAUCUUAAAUCGUUUCUCCAAAGAUAUUGGCCAUCUGGAUGACUUGCUUCCAUUGACAUUUUUGGACUUCGUGCAG